AUGAAUUUCGACUUAGACAAAGAUUACUCAUUAAUUGAUACAUCAGUUUUACCAAAUGAUAUAUUUACACGUAUAGAUGAUGAUUUUUUUUCUAUUGUUAAAAAGUUAAAAGAAGAAGAAUUAACACUGAGUGAAAAUAAUGAAACUCAACAUAAAUAUAUAUCAAACGAGUUCAUUGACAAGCAUCCGCUUUUAAAAUCUUUAAUUAAAUGGUAUCAACAAAAUGACUCGGAAGACAACAACAAAGCAAAUAGAUACACUGAAUCAAUUAAAAAAUUUGCCAUAUGCUUAUAUGUUCUUGGUAGUAAACAAUGUUAUGAGUUUGUUCGUUUAAAUAUGCCUGGUAGUAUACCAAAUCUGACAACACUUGGUGAUUCAAUAAACAAAUCGAAUAUGACUUUAGCUGAAGCAGAAUUUAAAUUUGACUCACUUCAACAGUUUCAAUCAGGUUUUGGAUUUUGUUCUGAAGAUACUACUGGUGUUAUUCCUAAAGUCGAAUAUAAUCAAUUGGAAAAAGAUCUAUCCUUUCCCAUACACCACAAACACAAACGCGAACAUCUAUUACCAUCUUUACAUCAAUUAGAUGAAAUUGAUACAUUAGAUAUUCAACAAUUAAUAUCAAAUGCAUAUGAUCAAGCACUACAUCUUGUUAAACAUUCAAAAAUACUAGAUACAUUAAAUGAACAUAAAAUAAAUUGUAUAGAUGAUCUAAGUAAUUAUAUCUUCGACUUGUUAAAUAAAAAUUCAAGAAUGAUUAAUUAUUCUUUCCGAACAGAAAAUAACACCACUGAAGAGUUUGGAUUGGAUGAAGAGAAUGAUGAUAAUGACGUCGUAAAUUAUGCACCAGACGACCUUACUGAUGAAAUUCUAUUUGAUUCUCAAAACGACGCUGUUAGCGAUGAUGAUGAAAAUAUAUUAAAUUCAACAAAAUCAGAUUUGAAUGGAAUAGGAAUAGUUGAUAAUAUUAAUCCGACUCUAAGACAAUUGUAUUUCAAGAUCAAAAUAAAUAACAAUAUUAAGUAUCUUCAUAAACAAUCGGCCUGCUGACUGCAACCAAACCAGAUAACGAAAUUAUCAAGUGAUCGUUUAUCUCCUGUCAUGCAACAAACAUCUGAUCAUAAUUACUAAACUUAUUGCUCUCAUUUUUUCUGUUUUACUAGCGAUUACUCUUGUUAGAAGUAAACAAACUAAUCGUUCAUAUUUUUCCAACAUUAUUUAAUUUUGUUCUAUGUAUAUCCAGAUCUUUGAGAAUACUUUAAAGUACUU